CAGCGCGCAGCGCGCAGGUCGAGCGGAGAGGGAAGCCGCCCUCGCGCGGCCGCGCCCGGCUGCCCGUCUCGGAGCCGUCGCUCUUUGGACGCGACAGCGUCGAGACGUGCGAGGAGGUGCUGCUGCGCGUGCUCGACUUGUGCGACGAGGCGAUGCCCUCGCUGCACGAGACGCUCUUCGCGCCGAGGGAAGGGUGGCAGGAGAGGCAGCCGCGGAACGCGCAGGGCUCUCAGCCAGAGGUCCUCCUCCACCCGACCUGGCCGAGCGCUGCCCGAGCUUGCGAGACCUCUACAUGGCCGCCGAGCUGGAGUGGUCCGAGGGCGAGCCGGCUAUCAACGUCUACACCUCCGACGGCUACUUUGGGGCUCACAAGGACCACUUGGCCCUCACCGUGCUCAUCCCACUCACCGCACCGUCGACCGACUUCGAAGGCGGGGGCACCGGCUUCUGGGCGGGAAACAGCGCCGUCGGAGAGGACCCACGAGGGCCUCCGGACCUCGUCCUCGCCCCUGCUGCCGGCACGGCGCUGCUCUUCGGCGGAGACGUGACGCACGCGGGGCUGCCGGUCGCAGGCGGGCUGCGCUCCGUCUUCGUCGCUUCUUUUUCGACGCGCACCCCCGCCUCGCCGCCGGAUCGUGUCCACGGGCUGCAGAUGGCGCCGUCAGUCAGCCCACAGUUUGGCGGUGGGUGAACAAAACUGUGCAGCGAAGAGCAGGCUACGGCUCUAGGUAAUUAAGGUAAGGUAAGGGCAUGGGUAA